AAUAUAGGAGUAAUUGCUUAAUCCACCUUUUGCACUACUGUCUGAUAUACAAAAUACACAAUCACGAGUAUACUUUCUCAAUUAAUCCACAUUGAGGCCAGGUCCGAGUCUGAAUCUGUGGGGCGGAUUUAAGAUUCGGGUCUAGAAGACGGGCUGGCUUCGGGUUCAGAUCUUAGAAUUUGAACCCGGACCUAGGUCUAUCAAUUAUUUUUUAGAUUUAAAUUCGACUCGAAUUUAAUGGGUCUCAAAAAUUAAAACUUAAACCUUUAAAAAAAAGCGAGUCUAUUAGAAUUCUGAACUCAUGAUCAUCCCUACUUGCAUCUAUAAUCUAUAUCAACAACCUUAUCCAUAAACAAAUAGGGAGGAAACAACCAACAACGGGCAGUUUGCUGUAUUGAGUGCUGAUUCAACUUACCGCUCCCUCUGUUCUCUGAAUACAGAACAAUGGCGGCAACAGCACCAAAAUCUCUAUCCGCCAUUGUUAAAACUCCAUCUUCUUCUUAUCAACACUCCUUCACUCACUUCUCACCCAAUUACGUCCCUUCUCCUAAACCUAAACCUAAAACUUAUCUUAAAACCCACAGCUUCAUUCUCUCUCCUGUCCCUCCUCUUCUCAUUCCUCUUCACAUUUUUCACUGUUCUUCAGACCUAAAUGAUACCCUAAUUACUGAUGAUUGGGGAGAAACCCUAGAUGAAAUUGAGCAAGAACAAUCGGAACAAGUAUUAGAACAAGAGGAAAACGAAUCAGAAGCUGAAGAGAUUAAAGGAUCUGAUUCGACUGAUGAUCGAAAGCUAUUUGUGGGAAAUUUGCCUUAUUCCAUGAAUUCUUCUCAAUUGUCUGAAAUCUUUGCUGAAGCUGGUCAAGUAAAAUCCAUUGAGAUUAUAUAUGAUAAGGUAACUGAUAGGAGCAGAGGGUUUGGAUUUGUCAUUAUGGGAAGCACUGAUGAAGCAAAAGAGGCCAUCCGGAUGUUUGAUGGUUCUCAAAUCGGAGGUCGAACUGUGAGAGUGAACUUCCCAGAAGUGCCUAAAGGGGGCGAGAGAAAAGUGAUGGGUCCUAAAAUUCGAAACAGCAACUUGAAUUUUGUGGAUACUCCACACAAGAUCUAUGCAGGUAAUCUCGGAUGGGGCGUUACCACACAAGGGCUCCGAGAUGCGUUUGCGAACCAAGAGGGUUUUUUGAGUGCUAAGGUGAUAUACGAGAGAGACAGUGGAAGAUCCCGAGGUUUUGGCUUCAUCACGUUUUCAUCUGCUGAUGCUGCGGAAUCUGCUCUCGCAGCUAUGAAUGAAGUGGAACUGGAAGGGCGACCUUUACGACUGAAUAUGGCUUCUGAAAGACCUCGAACUAACACGGAGGCUUAUGCCGAGCAAAGUUCAUGAAAAGGAAUCACCGAUGAGAUGCCAUUUUGAUCCCAUGUACCAUCUACGAAGUAGCUCUUUUCUUUAUAAUCAUACGAGAGGAAGUAGAGAUUUGGUUCGGAAUUGUGAAUGUCUAUCAUUUCAUUAUAUGUAUUUGAUUGUACUUCUGCACCGUUUAUAUUUUAACGGUUAAUAUAGACGAAUUUUUUCCGAAAUUUUUCCAUUUCUUACAUCGAAACUCUUCAUGGUUGCCGCAUAGUACAUUAACCGAUCAGUUCGGUUCCAUUAAUUUUACGUCAGCAACGACAUUCA